AUGUUGAACGGGAAGUGCUCACCCAAUGUUGGAAACUGGGAGAGGAAAAACGAAGAGGACAGGUCGGGGGAUACCUGUCACAAGAACAACAGGGUGAAAAAGGAGCUCAACAGCAAGAUGGACUCCCUCAUAGAAUUCACGGACAGCUCCCGCAAUAGGAUUUCCCUGAUGGAAUCUCAAAACAAGACAAAGAAGAGAGAGCUAGAGGAGGAAUACCUGUUUUUAAAAAAAAUAGGAGAUGUGUGUAAACUCAGUUGCGAUUAUUACUUGGAGACAAAUGUUAGUUUUCACGAAGCUUGCGAGAAUUUCAAAAUUUUGUUCAGGGCGUUUGAGGAGUCGCUUGUUAACGUAAAGAAGAAAACAGAUGAGGCAGACGUAAUUGCAGACAACCUAAGCAAAAUAGAAGACAAGGUCAACCUUCAAAUGAGAGAGAGCAAUGAAGCGUGCGAAAAAUCGAAGAAGGAACUAGUCCUGCUUCAAACAGAUGUCCAUUACAUGAGGAACGAAUCUGCUAAUAUUGUCAAUAGAAUAAAAGAUAUCGACUACCAAAUAAAUCAACACAAGGAAGCCUUUGAGUCGUUUCACAUUUUGACCCACCUGAAUACUGAACGCAUUUCGGUCCUACAGAAUGACUUCAUGAAAAUGGAGGAGGAACGGCAAGAGGUGUUGAGGGGGAUCGAGGACGCCGCGGCUGCCGGCGUCGCCGCGCGGGACGGUUUGGUCGUACAGAAGAUGCAGUUGGAGGAGGAGAGGGAAAGCCUGCUCGGAAAGGAACGCGAACUGAUACAGAAGAAGGAGAAGCUAGCCAUACGGAGGAGCGAAGCCAAGUCGGACAACGACCGACUCAAGUCGCAGAUGCAGUUCAUGCAGAAUCAGCUGUCAUCGCAGGAGAACUUUUUGAUCGUCAUUAAGUAUGGCCUGGAUGGAAGCAUCCGAACGAGAAAAGAACUGAGUUCCGUUUUGGAAGGAAUAAAUAUGGAGAUAGAGGACGGGGAAGACCUGAUGGAAGCUUCGAGGAGGGAAGAGUUGGAGGAGAGGAACAAGUGUCACGAGAUGGAAGACAAAGUUAAGAAGAUAACCUCGGAACUCGAAGGAUGCGAAAUGAAAUUAGAGGUACUUUCUCAGGAGGAGAAGAUGAUGGGUGAGAAGGUCGAACGAGAACGAAUCAACGGCAACCAGAAACUGCUGAACGAGUUGGUUAAGGAGAAGAAGUCGAUAGAUGAUGAAAUUGGUAGCUACCAGGAGGAGGCACGGAAGUUGAUUCUACGCGAGGGGGGAAAGAUGGAAGGGUUAUUGAGUAGCACUCUUGAUGGCGUAUUGGCUAAUCUGCCUCUCGCGACGAAUGAGUUAAACACAGGCGACCUUGGGAUAUCAAAUCAGCGGGAUAAUCCCCUUGAUGCGCAAUCCUCCGCGAGCGAAGCAUUCCUAAGGGUGCUGCAAGAGGCCAUAGACAAUGCGAAGGAAAGAAUCAAGGAAGAGCAAAACGAGGUUUGGAGAAAGGAAAGAGAAGUGGAAAGAAUAAAUGCACUCACUAGUGAGUUGCGCAGUAAAGUGAAGAUUGAAGAAGAUAAAGGGACCAAGUUAGACAACUUGCUGGAGGAAAAAAAGGAACAGUCGACGAAUCUCAGGGAAAAGGAAAGCAAAAUGGAGAAGAAACUCUCUCUCAUGCAUGACAUGAUGAGAAAGGAGAAAAUCAAUUAUGAGGAGAAGAGGAAGGAAGCGAAAAUAAUGGAAGAGAAAAUUCUACAUAAUAAGGAAGUUGAGAAGGAGCAACUGUCCUUACUUGAGAAGGAGUACAAUGAUAAGAAGGAUAAACUGUUGAACUCAUCUGGGGAAGGAUUUAGGAUGGUGAGUUCUGUGGAUAAGAGAAAAAUGAAGGACGACGUGGAUGCGUAUUUAGCAAAGACAAAAGUGGAAUUCGAUUUAAAGAAGAAAGAAUUCGAAAAGGCCGAAAGGGAGAAGUACCAAGAGAUGAAUAGUCAGCUGGAUGGAGAGCUUAAGCGGAAAGACGACUUGAUUGCUUAUUAUGAAGAGCUGAUUAGCAGAAAGGAGAAGAUGGGUGUUGCCCCUGGAGGAAGUGGUGCGGCUCCGCACGAACGGGUGGUCGGCAUGGGCAAUACCAAGCGGGCAGACAGUCGAUCGCACCGGCCCGGCCCUUCCGCGGAGAGAAGGAAGUCGUCUCAGCGAGGCGGCACCGGGAACGGUGCCCCCAACACUGUGAACAGGACCACAAACAGUGUUAAUAGCAGUAUCGAUAACAGUAUCGACCACGUUAAUAGCGGUGCAAAUGGCAAUGUUACUGGUGACACGAGCGGUGCAAAUGGGCGCAAGCCGCUCAACGCAUCGGAAACGUACAAGUUCAGUUACUUCGAUGUAACUUCCCCUGGUGAGAUGCGGAAAAGCAUGAAUAUCCCGAAUCGCUCCGUGAAGUCUCCACACAUUGCGAGGUUGCUCGAAAAAAUAAAACUCAGGAAGGAGUGCCAGACCCUCGUAGGUACUAAGAAGGUGCCAUUGAACCAGGUGAAUAGCAGCGAAAGCAGACGGAGCAGAACCAUCGGGGGAGGCUCUUCCAACAGGGUGAGCACAGGGAAAAGCGGCAAAGGCACAAGUCGCAACAAGCCCUUCCUCAACAGGAAGGCACCCAAGAGCAACGACUCCUUCGACUUGUUCCACCAUCUGUAA